CACUUUAGACCCCUCCCUCGUAGAACCGCCCUGAAGCCAGGGGCCCCUUUUGAAUGACAGCGCUUGGGAAGGAAGACGAAUUUUUGUCUGGUUUCCCGCAGCCACAACGUCGAUGAGAAGCAGUCGAGGAACUCCAUUCUAACUGAAUGGAUUGGUAUGGGGAGAAGCGGACCACUAAUCACGGCUAAACGGCAGCUUUGGGACUGUGUAACGCUGACAAUGGUUUUACUUUCGCUGCUGUUUCGACCAGCUCACUGCCAGCAGUGUCGAAUCCAGCGCUGCAAUGCAGAGUAUGUGGCUUCUACCUCCCCGUCUAGUGGUCUGCAGGAGGACGUGGCUCUGGAUGUAGACUACUGCAUCGCCUUGCGAGCCUAUGCCCUGUGCACCAGGCGGCAGGCGCGCAGCUGUAGGGGGGACCUGGUCUACCACUCGGCCGUCUUCCGCAUUAAGGAGUUAUUCUCUCAGCAUAACUGCUCCAGCGAAGGGCCCACCUCCUCCGCCAAGGUCCCCAGUACGUCUCGUCCAGCCGUGUCGGAGCUGUGCGACUACGAGAAUCGCGUCCUCAUGUCGGGCUCUGCCGGUCAGCAGAAGAAAUAUGCCCACUGUGGAUUAUUCGGAGACCCGCACCUACGGACUUUCCGCGACGAGUUUCAGACCUGCAAGGUGGAAGGGGCGUGGCCUCUGAUUGACAACCGCUUCCUGUCGGUGCAGGUGACCAACGUGCCUGUUGUCCUUGGCUCCAGCGCCACAGCAACCAGCAAGAUCACUGUCAUCUUCAAGUCCUUCCACGGCUGCACAGAUCAGAAGGUGUACCAGGCCACCACAGAGGAUCUGCCGUUGGCCUUUCAGGAUGGGACUCGCAGUGGCGGCGAGAGCGGCAGCCUGACCAUCGUGGAGCGAGGCGGCUCCGGAGUGGGCCGGCAGGUGAAGAUACAGGCCCGUUACAUUGGCACUUCCAUCAUCGUCCGGCGCGUGGGCAGCUACCUGACCUUUGCCAUCCGCAUGCCAGAGGACACCCUGGACUUUUCGGAGGACAAUGGCGGUCUGCAGCUCUGCCUGCACGGCUGCCCGCGCAACGAGCUCAUCAAAGAGCACACGCUGGGUCGUCAGAGCCAGCAGCCCCGGCUGCAGGGCACCAACACGGAGCUGGGGCCUCUGCGGCCUCCUCACCAGGUCUACACGGUGGAGCGCGCCACGGCCAAGUGUAGAGAGACUCUGCAGGUGGAGGACGUGUACUUUCAGUCCUGUGUGUUUGACUUGCUGACCACAGGAGACCCCGAGUUCUCCAUGGCGGCCUACGGCGCGCUGGAGGAUUUAAAGGCGCUGCCGCCCAGUAAACUGAAGCAGAAUUCCCCGAGGACUCCUCGUCUUUACAACCGAGGAGCGUCGCACACGACGGCUGCAGCAGCAACCAACAGCUCCCUGCUCUCACUCCUACUCCUCAUUCUGCUGCUUUUGUAAACAAUAAAUAUAAAUGAGUUUUGUUUUUCUAAAGAGGGAGAGCGAAACAUGGAGACAAACAGAACAUGGAAGCAUUACCAGCUUGAGGAAAGAGUGACUUAACAGACAUAUAUACAUUUGUAUUUUAUUUUUUUUUUGGGGGGGGCGCAAUUUGUGAAUGUUGUGAUCUUUUUCUGUUUUUGUCAUUUGAAGGAUUUCAGACUAAAAGAUGGUAUUUCUUCCCACUUCACAUUUCUGUGGAUUCAUACAUGGGUCACGUCAGUUGGAGAAGGAAAAGAAAUGCAUCAUGUGGUUUGGGGUCCAGUA